UAGACAGAGACACAACAAGGUGGUCGCUAAAAAAAAAAAAAGAAAAAGGAAAAAGCAGUCCGUUAAACCACACCGAAAGGGAAUUUCUCUCCAUUUCUCCAGUGCUGAGAAGGUCUUCAGGUAUAAACCAUGGAGACUGCUGUGCUGAGCCUCCAGAGCUUAUAUGAUAAGCUGAGGACACAGGUUGACCUUCUCAACGAGAACAUUGAACCGAAUUUCAUCCAGAUGGCACAAAACUUUGAAGACUGCCGGCGGAAGUGGCUGAGGGCAGAGCAGGAGCUAGGCUCUUGCAAAGAGGUGCUCACAAAAGCAGAGACAGAGAAGGGAGCCUUGGAGGUCAAACUGAAACAUGCCCGCAACCAAGUAGAUGUGGAGAUCCGGCGCAGACAAAAGGCAGAGGCUGACUUCGAGAAGUUGGAGCGUCAAAUUCAGUUGAUCCGGGACCUCCUGACCAGUGAGGGAUCCUCUAACAGCAUCCAGCUGAGUGCAGAGCAGCGUUCAGCCCUCGCCUUCCUGAACGCAAACUGCCAGGCAGCAGCAGCCAGCCUGAACACCAGCCGAAGACUCACGACAAUCGACGAGUCUGCCUCCAUCUUGUCUGAUAUCAGCUAUGAUAAAACUGAUGACUCUCUUGACUGGGACUCCUCCACUGUGAGGACAGUGCGACUCAAGAAAAGAGAAAAAAGGCGCUCCUCAAGAAAUCAUAUUGAUGGUCCUCCAGUUGCCUCCAAACGAUCUCGAUCAACAGGCAGAACUUCAGAAAGGGGAAAUGAGACCCUUGUGACAAAGACUACAGUGACUGUCCCUGUGAAUGGAGGACCUGUGGAGGCAGUUUCUACCAUUGAGACUGUGCCUUACUGGACUCGCAGCAGGAGAAAGACCGCUGCCAUGGAGUGGGACUCUGAAUCUGUCAAGUCUGAGGAUGUCUUCAAGCAGCCCGGCAUCCCCGAGGGAGAGAGAAAAGCAGCGCCUAGCACUCCGCAGAGCCAGGGGGGUGUCCGUCAUCACGAGUUUGUCUCCAAAACUGUCAUCAAGCCUGAGUCCUGUGUCCCCUGUGGAAAGAGGAUCAAGUUUGGCAAGAUUUCAUUGAAAUGCCGUGACUGCAGGGUGGUCUCACACCCCGAGUGCCGCGAGCGUUGCCCUCUGCCGUGCAUCCCCAACUUGGGCGCCACACCAGUCAAAAUCGGGGAGGGUGUGCUUGCAGACUACGUUCCAGACACGUCUCCUAUGAUUCCUCCCCUGGUCGUCCACUGUGUCAGUGAGAUUGAGCAAAGGGGUCUGCAUGAGGCUGGACUGUACCGUCUGUCCGGUUCUGAUCGCACAGUGAAGGACCUGAAGGAGAAGUUUCUACGCAGCAAAACUGUUCCUGUGCUCAGCAAGGUGGACGAUAUUAAUGCCAUCACCGGCCUCCUCAAGGACUUCCUGAGGAACCUGAAGGAGCCUCUUCUCACCUUCCGCCUCAACCGUGCUUUCAUGGACGCAGCCGAGGUUUCAGACGACGACAACAGCAUCGCUCUGAUGUACCAGACCAUCACUGACCUGCCGCAGCCCAACAGAGACACACUGGCUUUCUUAGUCCUUCACCUUCAGAGAGUUGCUGACAGUUUGGACACUAAGAUGGACAUCAGGAACUUGGCUCGGGUAUUCGGUCCAACUAUCGUGGGUCAUGCAGUUCCAAACCCUGACCCAAUGACAAUUCUGCAGGAUACCAAACGACAACCCAAGGUUGUGGAGCGCCUGUUGGCUCUGCCCGUGGAUUACUGGGGCCAGUUUGUGAUGGCGGAAAGUGAGCAGCCGAACUUGAACCAUCUUAUCAUCGAGAACGCAAACUGCUACGCCACCCCCGAGAGAAUGAGCAUACUGGGACCUCUGACGACUCCAGAGCACCAGCUCAAUAAAACGCCCUCAUCCAGCUCCUUGUCUCAGCGUAUGAAGUCCACUCUGACUCCCAGAUUUGGAAGCAAGAGCAAAUCGGCAGUUGGAUUUUCCGGCCAAGGAAAAUUCUUUGCAUCUCCUCUCCUUAAAUAAUCCAAAGCAGCUACACUUAACCCUUCAUUGACACCACAAUAACAACCAAGAAAUCUUUUUUUGUAUUUAUGCAUAACAUGGUACACCUUUGAUAACAGAUGUAAACACCGCCAUCUUAAUCGUUUUAAUAUUUCACAAUAGAAAGAGUUGUAUUUUGAUGAUUUUACAUGUUUGUGAAAGGAUCCUUUUUUUUAACCAAAUAGUAGGUUUUCCUAUCUAUGCACACUUGUGUGUCUUUAGAGCUGAUGCUUUUUCUAAAUGUUCUUAUUUCACCUCUCAGAGGAUACAUCACCCAAAAAGUGGCCAUUUAUUUAUCAUGUAGUCAUGCCGUGUUACCUUGAAAUUGUGAAGAAAACCUUUUUUUUUCUUGCAUGCCUCCACAGAAAUUGGCCACAUAUUGAUUAUCUGAUUGAUUUGGGGACGAGGGUUGGAAAUUAUCUUAUUUGUGGCUGGCAAAUUCCAAAAUCUACUAGCCACUCAAUAAAUUACAGAUGUUUUUUUUGGCUAGUAAGUGCCGCAAAUCUAGCUGCUGCUUGCAGAUUUUACCAGCAUUUUGCUGAUGCUAAUUUCCAAUCCUGUUGGUGACCAUUUUUAACAACAGCAAAACUACAUCAAAACAUCUGUUAAACUCUCACAACUCGUGCAGUAUUAUCCAACAGUCAUUUAUCCAGUCAUAUGCUCAGUACUUUCCAAGUGUUGCCUGAUACCAGACAGAAAUGUCAACGUGUUACUCUACAUUUCUGUCUUCAAUCUAACUGAUUUUUCUUAACCAAUCACUAGAGACACACAUAUCCGCUCCAAUCUAAUGCCAACACAUGAAGAGUAAUAACACCCACAUACUUCUUUUGCCCGGAUUUAAGAGUGGAGCUGUGUGAAUUUAAAAAAUCUGCGAUGUCAGGCAAUAUUAA